AUGGUUCCGUACGGACUCCGGCUCCGCCCGGAUCAGCUCACAAGGAGGGGCUCUGCUGUCCUGGCGGCGGCGGCAUGUCUGUCGCUCUACAUGCUCAUCAGGCCAUCGCUGUCGCCUCGGGCAAAGUCGCCAAAGACAGACAUUGUGCGCGUCAAGGACCGUUCGGGGACCGAUUCGGAGGACCCCGAAAAGGCGGCGCCGUACCCUCCGGAGCUCUUCCCGGGCGGCAAGGACGUCGAGACGGUAUAUGGCACCGUCAGAGUGUUUGAGUGGGGGCCCGAGGAGGGCGAAAAGGUGCUUCUGGUGCACGGCAUCGGCACGCCGUGCAUUGCAAUGGGCGGGAUUGCCUGGGAGCUUGUGCGGAAGGGGUACAGGGUGAUGGUCUUUGGUAAGUCCAGCUCUGUUCUUUGUUGUAUAUUUGCGUAUAUAUACAUGUACCUGUAUCCUCCUGAAGGGGGAGACGACGAGACUGCUGCUUACACGGCAUUGCAUGUAGACUUGUUUGGGAGAGGCUACUCCGAUGGCCCUUCCAAUGUGCCGUACGAUGAGUGUCUAUAUACCACUCAGAUUCUCCUCGUCUUAGCAUCUUCAUCUCUGUCGUGGACCGGCGCCUCUUCCUUCCACCUCCUGGGCUACUCGUUGGGGGGUGCUCUGGCGGCGGCCUUUGCGGCAUAUCACUCACACAUGCUGCGCUCCCUCACCGUAGUCUGCCCAGGAGGCCUCGUGCGCGAGUCCCACCUCGGCUGGAAGAGCCGCCUCCUGUACUCCCACGGCGUGCUGCCCGAGUGGCUGCUUCGGAGCUGGGUGCGGGCACGCAUCGCGCCGCAGCACGGGCAGAGCGCAGACGUCCCCGAUGGAGACGAGGCAGAGGUCAACUUUGACGACGUGUCCAUGGCCGUCGGGAGGGGCAGCUCCGUCAGAGUCGGCGACGUCGUGGGCUGGCAGCUGGAUGCCAACCCGGCUUUUGUCGACUCGUACAUGAGCACGAUUCGCUAUGCGCCCAUCUACGGGCAGCACGACAAGAUGUGGGCUGUGUUGGGCGAGAAGCUCGCUGCUAAUCGGGAGCUUGGCCAGGGGUUGCAGAGAGUGUGCGUCAUUCUGGGGGAUAAAGACACGCUGAUUAUCAAGGACGAAUGGAUUGAAGACACCAAGGCGGUUUUGGGAGAAGAGGGCGUAGAGGUUUGUGUGAUUUCUGGGGGCCAUGAAAUUGCCAUUUCAAAGGGCAAAGAGGUAGCGGAUGUUGCCAUGUCGUCGUGGAAGAGCAGUCGACAUGGUAGUAGCAAGUCAUCCAAGAGCAGCAGCAGCAGCAGCGGUAGCGGUAGCGGAACUCGAUCCAAGAAGAUUAGACAUAGAAAUUAG